AAAGAAAAGAAGUGUCAUUUGACUCUUUUUCUACGUACUGAGGCGGCAACAGAAGCUCUUCCUCUCUCAGAUCGUUUCUGUUUUCUUUUCCUCUCUACAAUCUCUUCAACUAGCUUUGAGUUUUUCUACACUCUCCGGAACUCAGUCUUUCGAUGAGUCGGACUCGCUCGGCUCUCUCUCUCUCUCUCUCUCUCUCUUUCUGUGUCUGUGUUGAACAGGUUGUGAUUCAGAGGCUGCAGGAAAAUUGAGGUGCACAAGCGUGAAGCUUCAAACUUAAAACCCGAUCAAAGGAGCUUGAAGACUUACAUUAGCCAUGGGGAUGGAGGAUGGGGCAAAAGUUGAAAGCAAGUUGCAGUCAGAAGGGGGAGAUCAGCGUGCUCUUAUUGAAGAAAUCAGACAAGAAUUGACGAAUGAGAAGUACUUGAAUGCCAAUCUACGACUACAAUUGAAGAAGACCCAGGAAUCUAAUUUUGAGUUCAUUCUUGCUUUAAGUGACAUGGAUGAAAUGCUGGAACAAAUGAAGUCAUCAAUUUAUCAAUCUGAGAUGAUUGUACAGGGGGGAAAUGUAGACAGAAAUGAACUCUUGAACACAAUUGCUUUGCUUAAUCAUCUCAAGGAAAUAUCAGAUCAUUCCAACAAAUUAGGAUCCAGUGAGAAUGCUGAAAAGAUUAGGGAAACCCAUCUAAAAUGUGAGACAGAUGAUGAUGAAGAGCAAGAAGCACAGGAAGAGCUUGUUAGGGGGAACAGUCAUGCCAAAGAAGCGUACUUACCGGAGAAAAAGAUCAAAGACCUCUAUGGCGAUAUAAAGUGUUAUAGGAAAUAUAAAGAUGACCAAAAGAUGCAGAUGGAGCAGCUUGUACGUGCCAAUGAGAAAUUGAAGGAGGAGAACCAUGACAUCUUGUAUAAACUGGAACAAAGUCAACUGCAAGAACAACGUCUGAAGAUGCAGUAUGAACGUUCAUCUCUUUCUGCUGCCAUUCCUGAACUAGAAGCCCAUAUUGAGAGCUUGGAAGACGAUUUGAAAGAAUUCUUUGGUUCUUUGUCUACCAUAAGGGAACUUCAAACACGUAUCAAAAGCUUGGAGGAAGAAUUGCUGCAGGUACAGAGGGAUAAUGUAGACAGGAAUGAACUCUUGAACACAAUUGGUUUGCUUAAGGAGGAAGCAGAGAAGUCACAGGAGGAGUUGAGGAGAAUGAGGCAUCUCAAGGAUGAGAAGGAGGCAACUGUUGGGCUCUUACAAUCGGAGAUGGAAAUGCUUAAGGUUCAGAUAAAGCAAAAGGAAACUGCCUUGGAAACCUCGACAAACUCAUUUUUGGAGAAGGAAAGCGAACUAGAGGAGAUGCGAGAGAGAUAUUUAGAAAUGAGUCUCAAGUUUGCAGAGGUAGAAGGUGACAGACAGCAGCUUGUAAGGACAGUACGUAAGCUCAAGAAUGCCAUUAGGAGCCCGUUUUGAGUAAUGAUAAAAAAAAAAAAAACACUCAUAUUACACACUCAUUACACAUCUCCACUCACAUGGACGGAGCUCAUGUGAUGGUGAGUCCCACCACAUGUAAGGAAAAAAUGUGUAAUUGGUGUAUAAUGAGUGUUUUUGUAUCAUUCCCGUCCUGAUAUACAGGGGCAUAUAUACUGUGUAUAGUAAAGCCACUGCAAAAAUUCAGAUGUGCAGUUCCAACAGAAUGAAUAGGGUUAAAGAAUAUGAUCCUUGUUAUCCA